AUGGACAACUCGGGAGAAGAACAACGGAGACUCGUCGAACACGAACGGGUCACCCGCCAGAGGAGACACGUCCCAGAGACCGAGGACGACCUCCUCGCUAUGCAGGAAGAGUUUGCAAAGGGGACUGACAGACCCGCCGCGUCCGUCUUUAGAGUCAGAAGGCCACCCACCCUAUCCUCCAACACAUCAUCUACAGAACCAACAACGAGGCCAAGACCCACAACCGUCGUUGACGACGACGACGAUAAUGAUGACGACAUACCCCCACCCCUCGAAAAGGACGUUGUCUCCCUCGACAGCGAUGAAUUGCCCAUCCUCCCUCCCAGUAUUCAAGCUUCUACUGCGCGGUUGAAGCCUGGAUCCAGAUUCCUGCAGGACAGAGCUAACAAGGCACCCCGAACACAUUUCCAGACCAAGGGAGAGCGGUUCGAGAUCGAUUUGGAUGACGGCAACGACGACGAAAACAAGGCUGCUGGUGGCAAUGACCACAUGGACAUGUUUGGAGACGGUGACCAGGAUUCUAUCGAGACAGCGGACGAGACUCGGAGGAGACUGGCCAUGGCCACCCCCUCAAUAGGUCAGAUUCUGAACGAGGUCCUGGAGAAGCCUGUCGGGGAGGUUGUCGCACCAACCAUUGCUACCACCACCAUGGGCUCUUUAGUUCCAAACACCCGUCCUGCCAAGGGCGCUGUUAAAGGAAAGAGUCUGUUUGCACAGCGACUGGCGCAAUCCCAGGGCCAAACAGCAGCAGCAACUUCCUCUUCGUCCGAUGUCACCAAGGCUGUCUUGACCACCCCUAUGCAGAGCAGUGACAUCCCAUCCUCAGCCUCCUUUACUCGAUUGAUGGGUCAAGCAAGGCCGACAGUCGUCAAAUCUUCUUCCAAUCCAGAAAAUGCGCAGCCACUUAGACCCACGGUCGGACCCAGCGUCAGGCCACUCAGCGGACAACAACAAUCCCAAUCCCACCAAUCAGGGCUCCCUCCAAGACCAGCUCUUCAUUCGGUGCUCAAGAAGGUGUCGGAUUCGCCUCAAAGCACCCUCAUGGAUCAGAUCGACGAGGAAAACAAUCGGAAACUUGCCAACAUGUCGCAGGAGGAGAUCGAAGAGGAGCGAGCUGAGUUGAUGCGGAAUCUGGACCCAGAGCUGAUCAAGAAGCUGAUGAAGCGUGGGACACCUCAAAGACGAGUAAGCUUUUCAGAGGGUGUCAAAGUCGAGGACAAGGUGGUCAACAUUCACGACGUUCGGCUCUCACACGGCGAGAGCUCGUCCUUCCAGGCCAAGCGACACGAGGAAGAAGGAGGCGAUCACCCCUUGGUCAUGAAGAAAACGUUCUAUAAGGAUGUUCCUGCUGAGCCCGAAAAGAUGGAGUGGAUGGGCAUUGACGGCGUCGACAGUCUCAGUGAUAGGCCCAGACCAGCUCUGGGCAAAUCGGUGACACCCGGACAACAGCCUUACACAGUACAGGAGGCAGAUCCGCCAGCAGCACAUUAUCGAUUUGAUUUUGGAGGACGGAUCAUUAACGACGAGGACACUCCUGUUCAUCUCGGACUUCACCACCACGGCGUGGAUCCUACCAAGGCUGGAUACACACUCUCGGAACUUUUGCAUCUCAUUCGCUCAACCGUGCCCAGUCAACGGAUAUUGCCGCUCAACAUUGUUUCUAAGGUGCUCCAGAACUGCAGGAAUCCUGAAUUUGCCCCCUUCGAUAUCCGAGCUGGCAUUCUCCGCUGGCUGAUUGAUUCGCUCCGCGCUCCCGUAUAUCUUCGAUCCGCUUUGGACGACAAGACCGACUCUGGAUUGGUGGCUGCAGUCAAUGCGAUGUACUCCUGGAUCAUGCCUUCUACCGAUAUCGCUCAGCCAGAGAGUAUUUGGGAGUCACUGAGUCAUCUGGAUCGCGGCUACGAGAGGACCAGUCUCGGGUUCAAGUACCAGGCCAUCACCCGUUUCGCCAACAUGGAGCUCAAACCCGACACCUUGCAGGCGAGCCAGGAACAGGGAACAGAGUCAGAGGAGACGAUUGCUGCCCACGCCAUUUUGGCGUCCAAGGAUCCUGUUGAUGGACUGGUCGCCAUGAACAUUCUUCCACGCUUCCGAUACAUUCUGGACGUCUGCCAGCUCCCACCCGCGACAAACUCACAGGUCUUGGACCUUUUGUUGACGAUCGUCAGGGUGCAUCCAGGAGGCGCCAAGAAGGUGUUUGAGUGCGAGGGAAUGAUCGCAGCCCUGAUCAAGCACUAUGGAGCCAUCUCGUGGCCUUCGGACAAGAGCGACCUGGAACUGGGCUGCACCGCCAAGGCUAUCGCGAUUCUGGACACAGUCAUUCGUUCUUCCAAAAAGCUCGCUUCAGCCAUUAUUGAGGAAGGUCAUGUGGAACCAUUGCUUCGAUUCCUAGUACUCACACCUGAACCAACGGUCGACAACAAGCAGAGUUUUGCGAUCCAAACCCAGGUGCUCAAGUUGUUCCGAUCCCUGGCAGCCUAUGGUCUCUACUGUAACGUCUUGGGCGAUAGUUUACAGUCGGUGUUGCUCACGGAUAUCACUCGCGCAAUCUCCGCAAGAUCUCAGCCCGGCUUGGAUCCUGUUGUCAAAUCCUUCUUGUCCAGAAAGUUGUCCAUGUUCUUCCAGCUGGCAAUCGUCUGGACUCAUGCGGCGGCGGAUGUUCAUCGUACGAUCCCGGAGCAUUCACUCUGUUGGGCACAGGCGGCGGCAUUCCUGGAUCCGGCGCUGGAGGGCAUCAUGAGCUGGACGCUGCCUGACCAGGUGGAGAAAACCUUUGAUGUCGAUUACACGCUUCUCAUUUCUUCGACUGUUCGGUACAUCAGCACAUGGGCUCGCUAUCUUUCGACCAACCCACCCGAGAGCGAGCAAGUAUUGGAGCGUGUCUGGAAGGCGGUGCAGUUCUCGAGCUGGGGAAAGUCGGAUGCCUUCAAGGCUGUUCACAGUCGGCUGACGCAGAUUAUGAUGGAGAUUCCUGAGCUGGUAGAGUCGUCGUUGCCUCAUGUCGGGAUUACGUUGAACAACCCAUCGGCACUGUCUCAGAUAGCCUCGACCCUAUUUGAGGUCUCGCUGUGCGCCGAGUACCUGACCAGUCAUCUGACUACGAUGUAUUAUUUGGCCCGCCUCACAUCGGCACCGGCGUUUAUCCUUGAGGAGACCAUCCAAACGCUUGUGGACGAGUCGGUCUUUGGGUUGGUGGAGAAGGUGACCAAGUACGAGCUCGCGAUUCAGGACCAAAUCCCUAUGGUCCUGCCUCCCUGGAUGGCGUUCCUUUGCCGUCACGGCGUCUACUUUGUGGCGCAUUGGUUGACCGCGAUGGACGUCCUCGUGUACCAGCAGGAUCCGGACAACAGCUCGCACAUCAAAUUGACUUUCUUCCCUCUCUUUCAGGUGACUGCCCUGUCCCUGUUGCAGAUUGUGUUGCCAGGAGACGAGUCUUUGAGUAACGAUGUCCUGAUCAAGAUUCUCUUCAACCCUCGAGUCCUCGGCAAGUUACUCAACCAGAACGCGGAGCAGAUCACGGUCGUCAAGCGAGUCUUGGAGCCACUCUAUCUUCAAUGCUUCAUCAAGAACGAGUCGGACCUGAGUCAGUCGCAGAGCCUGCUGAACCAUGAUGGCCGGGGUAUCAAGAGUCUGGUGCUGGACUAUGGAGCAAUCACUGGUCAGCCAUUGUUCAACUGGUUGUUCUAUCCGAUCGAGUUGCUUUUCAAGAGCAAGCUGACAUAUGUGGAGGAGUCGGGAACAUUGAUUGCCGCCACGUCGGUUGCGCAUGUCACUCUCGACUUUGUGUACUCGCUCCUGCAGACACUCGACGGCAUCUCGUUCGAACUCAUCUACAUGGUUGCACUCAAGCUCUUGGCAUUGGAGGGCGAGAAGGAACCAGCAAGGAGCCCAGACAGGGACGAGUAUGAGUAUGAGAGGCAAGGCGGCGGCGGCGAUGAUGAUGAGGAGGAAGAGGACGGGUUCAUGGACCAGGAAGUUGAGAGCAGCAUCAACAAGCUGCUGGAUCACUUUAGCACUCGUGGGGACUGUUCACUUGUUCGAGAUGACUCUCAGGGACUAGUGGCACUGUCUGAAAAGACAUUGUCGCUCUUGACGGCACCGUUGCCCUUCUCUCAGUUCAUGAAGAACUUUAUGGAGAACUCGUUCACCACCGGAACGCUGCUUCAGUUCCAACCAACGGCGGCUCGACUGUUGUUCCCAGCGAUGGCGAUCUCUUCCAGCUACCAGCUCUUGAUCUGGCAGGAGUCAUUCAACUUUUUGGCCAGCGUGACGACACCCUGGGAGAAACUCGACGCCGGUACGCUCAAGACGUUGAUCCAAGACGGCCAGGGCAAUGUGACGUCUGAGGUGCUGAAGCACUACGUGAAAGCGGUUGUCAACGGAAGAGUGAUCAAGCAGCGCAACCCGGCGCUGUACUGGAUUGCGAUCCAUCAUCUGUCUCGCACUGGCUUUGGCCAUGUCAAGAUGCCUUUGCCUCCUCGAGGAGGAUACCGUGCCGUGGUGAAGAAGGAAGAAGAAGAGCUCAAGGAGUUGUCGACCGAGGAAUCUGCAGAGUUGGAGGAGCGUCGGACUAUUGUGAAGGCGAUUGUCGGAGCAACGAAGAGUGAGGAGCUGGUUCGGGAUUGGAUCCAGUACGAUGGAAGGAAUUUUGAGCAGUCUUUGUCAGCGAUUCUAGCAAAUGCUGACUCUCCAGCCGCACCGUCCGUGUCGAUCCCUGCUGUCCCUUCAUCAGGCGCCGGCAUCCCUUCGAGCCUGAGCAUGGCUGGCAUUUCCGGCUAUAGCUCGUUUGGCUCGGCUAUGUCACCCGUGACGCCUUCUCUUGCCUCGCCUGCAAGUCUCAAGUCUCCAAGCCGGCCCUUGUCGUUGUUGACGACGUCGGCGUCAUUCCCUUUGAUGGGCAGCAGUGACUAUGUGAACUGCGACAACAUCUUGACUCCGCCCGAGUGCUUCCGCGAACGGAGGCAAUUGCUGCUGGGAGCUCGCAAGGAAUGGAUUAAGGAAGUCGUGGGUGAGCAAGGUGUUGAGAGAGUCGAGAAUGCUAUUCUUGCAGGGGCUCCUGUUCCUGUAGGAGCUGGCACAGGUGGUGUUCGCGGCCAUGGUCACAGUGCGAGCAGUGGACUGGGCGCGUCGUCUGGAUCUGGAUCCUACUUUGGAGGCCCAAGACGGAGCUAA